GACCACCUUUAGUACAGCACAGCGCUUUGCCACCCAAGCUGAACAGUAACAGACUCUGUAUGGCAACCUUCAAACUUCAAAACUGGAUGUGAUAUCAAGGUGUGGGAUAGUUUUCAUCGAUUUUAAAGGCAGUUCCAUCUGGAAUCAAUGCAAAUUCUGAGAAAGUAACAGCGAUGAAUGAUGUCUAGUGAAACGGUAACUACCUCUCAAAUCAGGAGAGCGUGGUACUGAUGAGAGUCACUGAGCUGGAGCUGAGAUCUGGAAUAUGAUGCUGUCACACCGUGUUGGACGAGCGUGUCAUGUGCUUGUGCUGGUGUUGUGUCUGUCUGCGGCUGAGGACUUCGGCUGGUCAGCGAACAACCACGACUCCUUCUAUUAUGGCAUUUUUCCAAAUGGAUUUUCGUGGGGCGCCGGCAGUUCAGCCUAUCAAACAGAAGGAGCCUGGGACAAAGAUGGGAAAGGACUGAGCAUCUGGGAUGUGUUCACUCAUAAGAAGGGAAAGACGUUCUUGAAUGAUACUGGAGACUCUUCAUGUGAGGGAUACUACAAAUUCAAGGAUGAUAUUUCAUUGAUAAAAGAGCUGAAUCUGAGUCAUUAUCGGUUUUCCAUCUCCUGGCCUAGGAUCAUGCCAACUGGAAUCAGGUCUGACCAUGUGAAUGAGAAAGGAGUGAAGUACUACAAUGCUCUUAUUGAUGAGCUGCUUGAACACAAUAUUACUCCCAUUGUGACCCUUUAUCAUUGGGACCUGCCACAGGUUUUGCAGGAGAAAUAUGGUGGAUGGCAGAACAUCAGUAUGAUUAAUUAUUUCAACGACUUUGCCAAUCUUUGCUUUGAACGCUAUGGGGACCGUGUCAAAUACUGGAUAACUUUUAAUAACCCAUGGUCAGCGGCAGUGGAAGGAUAUGAAACUGGAGAACAUGCUCCAGGACUGAAGCUCAGGGGCACUGGGGCCUACAGAGCAGCUCACCACAUCAUUAAGGCACAUGCUAAGGUUUGGCAUACUUACGGUACUCAGUGGCGAAACAAACAAAGAGGUAUGGUGGGUAUUUCACUGUCCGGGGACUGGGGAGAGCCUGUGGACAUCACUAACCAGAAGGACAUUGAGGCUGCAGAGAGAUAUGUACAGUUUUACAUAGGCUGGUUUGCUACACCCAUCUUUCAUGGAGAUUAUCCUCAAGUGAUGAAGGAUUUCAUAGGGAGGAAAAGCGCACAGCAGGGUUUGGGAACGUCUCGCCUUCCCAUCUUUUCUUCUCAGGAGAAGAGUUACAUCAAAGGCACCUCUGAUUUCCUAGGUGUGGGGCACUUCACCACACGCUACAUAACCCAAAAGAGCUUCCCUUUCAACCGUGGCUCCACCUACUUCUCAGAUCGGGAUGUAGCAGAGCUGGUCGACCCACGUUGGCCUGAUCCUGGUUCGGAGUGGCUCUACUCGGUUCCUUGGGGUUUCCGCCGUCUGCUCAACUUUAUAAAGACUCAAUAUGGGAACCCCAUGAUCUUCAUCACUGAGAAUGGGGUCUCAGAGAAGAUGAUGUGCACAGAACUGUGUGAUGACUGGAGGAUACAGUAUUACAAGGGUUACAUCAAUGAGAUGCUCAAAGCUAUCAGGGAUGGAGUGAAUGUAAAGGGCUACACCGCUUGGUCCCUUCUGGACAAGUUUGAGUGGGAUGAGGGCUAUUCAGAGAGGUUCGGCCUGUACUAUGUGGACUUCAGGAACAAAAACAAGCCUCGCUACCCCAAGGCCUCUGUUCAGUUCUACAAACGCAUCAUUAAGUCUAAUGGAUUUCCCAAUCAGAGAGAGGUUGAGAACUGGAAAACGAAGGCUACAGAGACUUGCUCCACCAGCAAUCAGCUCCUGGCUGCAGGUCAGUGGAUCAUUGAUUCAAACUUAGUUGAAGAACCAGGGCAAACAAGGAAAAAUUCCAUUUGUUGAUCACAGACUAAAAGAAAUCAUCAUGUAGCCUUUAAUCAAGAACAAAUUCCUCUUGAACAGUACAUGAGAACAUUCCUUGUCUUCAUCUGGAUCUCCACUGUUUUAUUAUGCUAACCUCAUUUGUGGUUUGACUAGGUUUCUACUUAGCCAUUAGUGUCCAUAGGGACUCGGUAUGCUUACCAUGAGAAUGGAUUGACAAAGACUUUUGGGAAGGUCUGAAACAGAG